CGUUGACUACCAUCAGAGCCGAUGUUUCUAGCCGUAUCCAUGACGCGCUGCUUGUCGGUGAAGUUGUGGAACUUUAUAACCACCGGCCGUGGGCGCUGAUUGGGACCGGGUAUCGGUGCUUGAGAGCGAUGGGCUCUGUCCAGCUUCACACGGCCAGCCUUAGUGUCCAUUUGUAGGUAGCCAGGGAUCCAUUCCUCAAAGAAUUUUACUUAACGUGUCCCUUCAGAAUUUUCCGGGUGUCCCACAACACGAAUAUUGCAUCUGCGUCCUCGAUUAUCCAAGUCGUCAAUGUGCUCCGCCAUUUCGCGCACCUGUUUCUCAAGUGCUUUUAGCUUAGCGUCCAUAGAUGUAGUUGAAGUUUCCACUGCAUCAAUUCUUCCUUCCGCCUCAACAACACGUUCCACAACCCUCUGUAGUUCAGCUGAAUGGCCUGCUAUUGCUUCCAAGACCGUUCUUAUCUUAGCAUCGAUCACUUUAGUAAUGUUAUCAGUCAUCUUUUGAAUCACCAGGUCCAUUGUGCCUGUAUCCGCAAUGGUGCUAGCCUCGCUAACGUUAGCUAGCUCCUCAUGCACAUCCACAGGGGUGGGGGUUUUGGUCGACUUCUUAGUAGUUCUGUUGGGCAUGUUGUCGGAGAUUUUUGCGGAAAAGUCGUCAAGACUCAUUAUAUGGUAACUUAUUUAGCCAAUUCUACCACUUUUUCAAGCUAGGAGAUUAAUGUAAAAAUAUAAAUUUACGAAUGCCACGAGAGCUCGCUGAAACACCGUGUUCUCUCUACGGCGCCAUUUUCAUCCCCCGUUUAUUUCAUUUCUGAACAACACUUAGAUUUUAGUUUUUUGAUUCAGACACUUUCUUUAAAAAUAAAAAAGCAUCCAGUCCACUUCAUACCAUGUCUGAAAUGGGUUCUGGCUGCCAUGUUCAUACCAUGUCUGAACUGGGUUCUGGCUGCAGUGUUCAUACCAUGUCUGAACUGGGUUCUGGCUGCAGUGUUCAUACCACGUCUGAACUGGGUUCUGGCUGCCGUGUUGCAGCCCAGACAAGCUCACAACAGGGUCCAGAGAUGGCAUCAGUGAAGCUGGAAGACUGCAGUAAAACACUGGAACUCAAUGUGAUUGUCAAAGAGGAGGAGGAGGAGCGAGAAAUCGAGGAGGAGGAGGAAGAAGAGGAUGAGGAAGAUAAUGACAUUGACUCUGAUAUGGAAGAAGAGGAGGACCAGAAAGGAGGAGGUUUGGCCAACCCAGGGCUUGUUAUUGUUAAAAGACAGGAUGAGGAGGAGAGGGACAGAGAGAAGGAUGAAGAGGAAGAGGAGGAAGGUGUGGAUAGGACCAAGCCAGGAGAGGGUGCCAGCUCUGACCCAGACAGCCUUGGGGACCCUGACCCGGAGAGACCGUACCUCUGCUCCCAGUGCGGCAAGCGGUUUACUGCAGCCAGCAGCUUGAAGAUACACACGAUGACCCACAGCGGAGAGAAACCCCACCAUUGUUCCAUUUGCGGGAAGGCCUUCUUGCGAUCCUAUGACCUGAGACGACACCAGGUGGUUCACAAAGGAGAGGUUGCCAGAUCUGACACAGACAUCUCUGAGAAGCACCACCGCUGCUCCGAGUGCGGAAAGAGGUUCCUCACAAAGACGCGGCUGAACAGACAUGCGCUGAUUCACAGCGGAGAGAAACCACAUCAGUGCUCUGUCUGCGGGAAGUGUUUCUUACGACCCGACGACCUGAGGAGACACAUGACCAUCCACACCGGAGAGAAAACCAAGCACGUCUGCCAUCCGUGUGGGAAGACCUUCACCUUGCUACGGCACCUCAAGAUCCACCAGCGAGUCCAUACGGGAGAGAAACCAUACCACUGCUCCAAGUGCCCGGAGAGUUUCGCCCACCUGUUGGAGUAUAGGAAGCACAGACAGACCCACCGUAUCGAGAAACCAUACCACUGUGAUGACUGUGGCAAGAUGUUCUCCCACUUCAGAACCCUCAAGGUUCAUCGUCUGAUCCACACAGGAGAGAACCUCCACCACUGCUCCUACUGCGGGAAGGGCUUCACGAUCAGAGGGAACCUCAACACCCACCUACUGACUCACACCAAGGAGAAACCGCAUCAGUGCUCCAUCUGCGGACAACGCUUCGCCAGAUCCCAGUGCCUGAAAAAACACAAGCUCAAGAAGUUACACAUGGAAGAGGUCCUCUACCACAUCUGCGACUGCGGUAAGAGCUUCACGGAUGUAGAGAAGCUGCAGACGCAUGCAAGGACGCACUUGAAGAACCUUGAGAAGAGGUUCUGCUGCUCGUACUGCGGUCGGACGUUCGUACGGGCUGGUGACCUUCAAAGCCACCAGAGAACACACACUGGAGAGAAACCGUACGUCUGCACUAUAUGCGGGACCCGUUUCGCCCAGUCUGGGAACCUGAGAGUGCACCAGAUCACUCACACUAAAGAGAGGCCAUACCCUUGUACUGUCUGUGAUAAGGGGUUCACCACACCGGGGAGUCUGAAGGUGCACAUGAGGCUCCAUACAGGGGAGAAGCCGUAUGUCUGUAGCCUGUGUGGGAAAGGGUUCCAUGUACCCAAAUUGCUGAAGAAACACCAGGAGCAUCACACAAGCGAGAUGACAGCCUCCUUGGACAUGACAUAGGAAAAGCCUACAAUUUGUCUGGAGGACUUUUAUUUUGGAAAACACAUGUCCUCAAUGAGACCAGUGGCCAGUACUUUAGUCACUGAGGCCUAUCCUUUCUCAAUUCAUCUUUCCUCGAUUAUCUCGCAUCCUCUCUCCUCACCUGUAUUGGAGGAGAAUAUCUAAAGUCCCUCCCCUCAGACCUUCUCCUCCAAUGAGUUUUGAGAAGAAGCUGAGGAGAGAGAAUGCAAAGACUCGAGGACUGAGGAAUUGAGAAAAAAAUCCAGGUUUCUCUGCUGCUCUCAUUAACACUAGCAUCGCUGGGCCUCGGGCACGUACCAGUGGAGGGUCUAUAUUUGAAACAGUCUAUAAAUCCAUUUAAGGACAUGGGUUUUCAAAAUAAAAGUCAUCUGAAAUUGCGCUCCACAUGUGCUUUUCAAUGUCUCACUAGUCAUGACAGAAUUUGUAGUGCUUCAUUUAGUGAUACAGCCUACAUAAAGCUUCUCUAGGUUAACGCCAUAUAUGAAGACAGUAAUGAUAUAUAUAAUGAUGUGUUACAUCAUGUGUUGCCCUCUUUAGGUAGCCUAGUGGUGAGAGCAUUGGGCCAGUAACUGAAAGGUUGCUAGAUCGAAUCCCUGAGCUGACAAGGUACAAAUCUGUCAUUCUGCCCCUGAGCAAGGCAGUUAACCC